UUGCCUACGACAUUAACACUCCCACUCACGAUAAUUACAGGCGCGGGCGCAUCCGAGAGCGUUGGCAAACAGGCGAAACGGCUCGGCGCAACAAGUGCACUCAUCGUUACCGAUCCGGGCAUUGCCAAAAUCGGAUACGCCGACAAGAUCGCCCGAAAUUUGAAUGAUGCCGGAAUAGCGUCCUCAUGCUUUUCUGAUGUCACACCCGACCCAACCCUACAGAAUGUGCGAGACGGCUUAAAGCAAUAUGCUGACGAAGCCUGCGAUGUAAUUGUGAGCAUCGGUGGCGGAAGUGCCAUUGACUGCGGAAAAGGCAUCGCCGUGAAAUUGACGAACGACGGGGACUUCGCCGAUUAUAUGGGUGUGGACAAGAUCCCGAAUCCGGGUGCUCCGCUCAUCGCUAUACCCACCACAGGCGGGACAGGCAGUGAGGUCUCCAAAGUUACUGUCAUCACCGACGAUCUUCGAUCUGUCAAAAUGAUGCUCAGUAGCCCGUGCCUCUUAGCGCAUGUCGCGCUGGUGGAUCCAAUGUUAUCCCUUACAACUCCGCCGCAUCUGACUGCAGCGGUGGGUGUUGAUGCGCUGACGCACGCAAUAGAGGCAUACAUCUCCAAACGCGCCCAACCGAUAACCGAUGCACUCGCAUUGAAGGCGAUUGAGAUGAUUUCCGGUUCGCUUCGGCAGGCGUGGGCAGAUGGCGAAAACAUCCCUGCCCGUACGGAUAUGAUGAUCGGUGCCUCUAUCGCAGGGAUGGCAUUCAGCAAUUCAUCUGUGGCUUUAGUUCACGGAAUGUCUCGUCCAAUCGGUGCGUAUUUCCACAUCCAUCAUGGAUUAUCAAAUUCAGUGUUGUUGCGCGAUGUGAUGGAAUUUAGCGUCGUCGGUGCCCCUGCUCGCUUUGCCGAUAUUGCGUCCGCCAUGGGAGAGCCUAUCGACGGAUUAUCCCCGAUGGAGCAGGCGGACGCAGCAGUUGAUGCCGUAGAACGGCUUGUCACCGAUAUUCAGAUGCCACGACUCGGUGAAAUCGGUAUUGACAGAGAGAAAUUCGAGGAUGUCAUUGAACAGAUGGCGAGGGACGCGAUUGCAAGCGGAAGUCCUGCUAACAAUCCACGGCAAGCGACGGCUGAAGAGAUCGUUGCCCUGUACCGUCAGUGUUUUUAA